UCAAAUGGACGACURCAAUCUGUGGCGAUUUGGGACUAAAAUAUGUGGAAUUUUCGAGCUUUAAGUUUAACUUUCUGUACAUUCAUUAGUUUAUUACAAGUUACAUUUUGUCUACGAUGUAAAUGUACUCAGCACACCUGUGCUGACAAUAYCAAUGAGACAUGUACCACGUCAGGCAAGUGUUUCAAGAUGAUAGAGGAAAGAGAUGGCUUUGAGCUGAUUACCUAUGGCUGCUUGGCUGCUGAAGAGCAAUCUCACAUGCAGUGUAACACACCUAGUAGAGUUCUUCCUAGUAAGGCUCUUCUAUGCUGCAAGGAGUUUGACUUAUGUAAUUAUGAACUGGAACCUACGUUUCCUCCGCCUACUGUCUCCACUAUAGGUAUUCAGGCAAAAAAGAAACAAGAAACACUAGUCAGUAAGCAGUAUUUCUCUCUGUUUGUGACAGCAGGAGCAUGUUCUUUUGUUUUUGUCGUCUUUCUUGUAGUACUUUACCUAAGGUUCAGAGAAAUGAGACGCCGGCUGCCCUCUCAUUUUUCUUAUGAUCGUCACAGUACAUUCAUCAGUUCUGGUGAAACUUUAAAAGAUUUCUUUGAUCAGAGUUCUGGCAGUGGCUCUGGUCUUCCUCUUCUUGUGCAAAGGACAAUAGCCAAACAAGUAACUCUGAUCCAAAGUGUUGGAAAAGGUCGCUAUGGUGAGGUAUGGAAAGCAAGAUGGCAUGGUGAGGACGUUGCUGUGAAGAUAUUCCUGUCUCAUUGUGAAACCUCAUGGAUGCGGGAAACAGAGAUAUAUCAGACAGUCCUUCUUCGACAUGACAGCAUCCUGGGCUUUGUUGCUUCAGAUAUUAUUGGCAGUGGUCAAGUCACACAGAUGUAUCUGAUYACAGAUUAUCACAGCUUGGGCUCCCUGUAUGAUUUCCUUAGAGUCCAUAAACUAGAUAAGAAAGUCAUGUGCAAGCUGGUGUUCUCUGCAGCAGCAGGUAUUGCACACUUGCAUGCUGAGAUCCGAGGCACACAAGGCAAGCCUAUGAUUGCACAUCGAGACAUUAAAAGUAAAAAUAUUCUUGUAAAGGACAACUUGACAUGUUGUAUAGCAGACUUUGGUCUUGCUGUCAAGUAUUUACCUGAGACUAAGUCAAUUGAUGUCAAGUCAGAUACAAGGGUUGGGACCAAGAGGUACAUGAGCCCUGAGGUACUCUCUCAUACACUGGACAGUAAGAGCUUUGAUGCCUAUAGAAUGGCUGAUAUGUAUUCAUUUGGCCUUGUGCUAUGGGAGAUUGCAAGACGAUGUAUUACUGAUGAAACAGGUCUGUGUGAAGACUAUGAAGUCCCCUAUUUUGACCGUGUACCUCAUGACCCUAGCUUUGAUGAUAUGAAGAAAGUAGUGGUUUUGGAGAAAAUAAGACCAGACAUCCCCAACAGAUGGCAUAGAGAUGAGACACUAAGAGUCAUGGGAAGACUGAUGUCAGAAAGCUGGUCACAUCAUCCAUCAGCAAGACUGACAGCKCUACGUGUCAAAAAGUCUUUAGACAAGAUUGUUGUAAUGAACAUGGAUACACCUACUGAGAACUAGUAGGGCUAACAUCAUGAUAGUAUCAUGCUAAGGCUGUACAGUUUCCAUUACUGGAACAUGAGGACCAAUCAAUCAAUGCAUCAAUACACAAACUCACUUUGGUCAAGUGCCUUAUGAAUGAAAUGCUCAAAAUGUACUGAUUUCCAGUUCUAUUGGAAAAUCUCAAUUAACAUAGAAUCUGCUGGUUCUCAUGCUCAUAAACCUCAUUAACCCAUGCAACAUUAUGGCUACAUUAUAGAGAAAAUAUCUGAAUGCAAAAGCUUCAUGUAAUCCUGGUAUUUUUCAUACACAAUGUGACAAUUCAGGUGAGACUGAACUUCACUUGUUCUACUGUGGAUAAACUUGUCUAGACUCAACUGAACACUCCAGCCAAGUUAUGUUUAUUGAAUCAAAGAAUGAAACACCAAGAYGCCUCUACCUGGCUAGACAAGAAAGUAAUUAGACAUCUUAUAGURGUAUCCAAUUCAAAUCAAAAGUGUUGGGGACAUUUUAGGUUUAGUCAUUGGCCAGUAGAAGCAGCCCAAUCAUAAUAUUGACUGUAGAUAUACAAAUAUUGUUUCUCACUACCUUUACUUUGUACUUUGAAUGCACUGUGAUGUGAGAGACCAACCUAUGAUUAUUGAGUCAAUAUGGAUGUUCAGUCAGAUGUCUGUAACAAAGUCUACAGUGUUAUCGGCAGAGGGUGAUGUUUUAGGCCUGCAUCUUGUGUAUUCAUCUAACUGAAAAACCUUGUUGGGUUCCAAAAGGUUACAUCAUGAAAGUUAAGAUUGAAAGGAAGAAUGGGAAAGCAAAUAUUACAACUGUAACAGUGUUUUAGAGUCAAAAUAUUGCCUGCACUGACUAAAAUUGUACCUUCUCUACAAUUGAUGCUAUGAAGUAGGUAAAUUGYAUUUGAAUUUCUGAAUCUUCCUCGCUCUUAGCUUCAGUGAUGUCACUCACAACCUAACGAUAUUAAUUCAAAUUAAGUGUACACAUCAUCUAAGUUCUCCACAUAAUUGCAAGAACAUUGUCAUAUAAAAAUAAAAACUGAAAAAGAAAAUCACAUAAGUUGAACUUCAAUUCCUCAUCUUAAUUGUCAUUUGCUAAUGUACAUUUUUUUGUAUUUUUAUACAACAACGUUCUUGCACUUUGUAAGAUAAAACAACAACAUGCUUGCUGUGGCAAGCAGGCUGCAUGGGUAAAUGUACAUGCUAGCUAGAACUAGAGUCUAACUCAUUAGUUUAUCAAAUUAUGUAACUUUGGUUCUGUAUUUUUUUUUUUUUUUUUUUGGUUGAAUUGAAUUUAUAAUUUUGUAUUGUUUUUUUGUGUGAAAAUGUAACCAAACAUCAGCUGUAAAAAGAGAGAAUGUUAAUAAUGAGAACAAUAUUAGAGUGUACACUUAAUCUGUAAACAAAUAGUACUAAUUACUAUGAAAUGGUGAUUAUUCAAUUAAGUGAAGUCAUUAAACCUGUGAAACAAAAUUUGAUUAUAAAAGUGUGAUGCUCAGACAAAAGAAAACAACGUGUUAUGCUGUAUUAGUGUAAUAUGUAUUUCACAGGUUUUUGACUUCACUCUAACAAUAGGAAACAAAGAAAUUAGCAUAAUUAAAUGUUUUUGUUGGGAUAAAGUGCAUAUGCUCUAAAAGACAAUGUUAAAAUUAUAUUAUAAUCAUAGAUAAGGUUAAAUGACUCAAGGUACGAAAAACAAUAUUUAGUCAAUUAUUGGUGAAAGUGGCCUUACAUUAACUAGACACCUUACAAUAUGACAAACUCCAAUUAUACUACAGUAAUGAUAACAGUGACAACUAGGGGAAAAUGGUGUUGCUGCUUUGUCAUCACACCCUAUGUGUCUAGGCCAUCCACCAUUGUAAUUGAGUUAUAUUUACUAAUUGAAAAGCAACAAAAUCCUUGUUUUGUCAAGGAAUACUCACUCACAUUGGCUCAAUCCAAAUAUAUAUGGAUAAUUGAAUCCACUAAUAUUUUGUAACUGUAUAGAGUGGUGUUCAUUAACCUGUCAAACAGUGUGAUGGACUUGUGAUUUACCGUCAAGACAAAAACAUGCAUUAUAAUAAAGACUCCUUAAGUAGCAGUAAUUUAAAGCAACUUUUGGCAUCUUUAGGAAAUUUAAGGUGAAAACAAAGAAAAAAUAAUAAUGGUAUAAUUUAAGACAAUUUAGAGCAACUUAAGGACAAUAACUCAAGGUUUAAAGAGUAAUAAGGUCUAAUCAAAUGUAAUAUGAUAAAGUAUAUAUAGCAGGUUAAUGAAAACCACUACCUCUAUCUAUUCUAUCAGUGUAGAUAACUGUAUAUAUAAAAAUUACUAGCCACAAAUGUAUUCAUAAUUUUAUUUUGUUUAUUUGUGUUCUGUUUUAAUGAGCCUCCAUUGUUGUCUUUACAGGGCCAUGACCAGCCAUAGCAUAUAAUAUGAUCAUGUUUUAGAUGAUUUUUCACUCAAAAAUCCACCCUCGAUAACCCACAUUUAACAUAUCACUUGAUUCACCACACAUGAGUCUCAUGGGAAACAAUAGAUAAUUUUGUUUACAUGCACUUUGUUUUCCAUUCAUUUAUCAGAGUAUUGAAAAUGGUCAUUUCUAUCCAUUAGUCACUAUUGAGAGACAUUGUAAAGGGAUAAUAAAGAAGAAGUUUCUGUUUAUAUUUUUAAGUAUUUUUAUGUUCAAACAUGGCUCAAAAGGGAUGCUGGUUGGUCAUGACCCUUUAAAACAACACAGGAAGUUCUUACCUCUUGUCUUAAAAAGACCUAAAGCUCCAGUGCUGGGGCUGGGAUGCAGUCGGUUAAAUUUUCUUAUCCCAUAUUGACGUCACAGCUUGCUCACAGUUGGAAACGAUUUGCUGAAAAUAAUUAAAGUACAAAAUCCUCUCCUUUCUUAAAAGUAUAUUAGUUUUCACAUAUUGUAUCAAUGAUAUCUCUGUUUACAAUCAGAAUAUUUUGAGUUAUCUUUGUUUCUCAAGUGCAGUUUGUCAUGUUUUGUCUUGCUGUCAUUCUAUUUCUCUUUCCUGGUGACYAUAAUCCUUGGUGUUAGUCUAAACAACAGGAUGUUUUGAUAUGACGUCAUUGUGCGAUAGGGCUGUUUAGAGUGGACUGGUUUCUGUCAAUAAAGGGCAUGUAUAAAGUG